AUGCUCAAGCCAUUCCUUGACAUUUCCAGCUCUAUGAUCUUGAGCCUACUCUCCUCACGAAACACCAUCCCGGAUCACUCUAUUAAACACUAUUUGGAGACUAUAAACCCCUACCUUACUAUAGUUCAUCCAGAACUCUUCGCCUUACGCACCAAUACCGGCUCCGACUCCUUUUCCGAUCAAGAGCUUCAGGACCCUGCUACUACCCUUCUGGUUGUAUGCAUGCAGCUCUUUUCUCACAGCGACGAUUCAGGUAUCAAAGGAGAGGAGAAUGUCGAUAUGCCGAUCUACCGGGCUGCCAAGCAAAUCUUAAGUAUCCUGCGAGCCCUUAAUAGCCCAAGUAUCGAGCUUAUUCAGUGUUCUAUUCUGCUCGCAUUCUACGAGUAUAGCCACGAGGACCUUGGGCGUGCCUACGUCAGUAUUGGAGAUGCUAAUACUAUGGCUUUGAUUCUGCACGUGGGCCCCGGGAAGUACCUUGAGGAUGAGCGGGAAGCCUUGAUCCCGUAUGAGGAAGAAGAACGUCGUUGCGUUUACUGGAGUCUCUUUGUGCUCGAUCGUCUGGUCCAAACCGACUAUUCUCUUCUUCAUAUGCCGCACCAGAUACCGCCUGCAGUUGUAUCUCCUCCCGCCGCCGAUGACCUUUUACCGACAAACCAUUUGCUUUGGUACGAUGAGGGUCAGUCGCCUUACUACGUCACCCAGCGAUAUCCUGCGGAUACUGCAUUCUCGGUGCCUGUCGGAGCUUUUCAGAGAAAUUGCCAAUACGCAAUGCUCUAUACCGGAACACCUUUCCCUCAAUCCCGUUCAGGUCCAUCGGCCUACGAGUUGUCCAAUCAUACUGCCACCUCGGUGUUGCCUAUUAGUAGCUUAGACCUAUAA